CCCCGAAGAAUCAACUCGUCCGUACACUAACCGCACUUGAUCCCCACCCCCUUCCCUUCUCUCUCUGUACCUCACGGAUCGGAUCUGCUUCUCUUUCUCUCUCUUCUGCAUCAAAAUUACAAGCCCUCCGAUCGCCACGCCAGGAAGACCUAGUCUGCUGUUGCCUUAACAACACAAAAGUCCCCCGCCCUUUCCUUUAUUUCGCUCCGCUAGGGUUUUGUGACCAUGACAAACUCAUGAGCACGCAAUGCUUCGCCUUCUUCUUCUUCUUCUUCGAUUCUCUCCUGGAAUUCCCUAAUCCCACCGUCGAUCUCUUCGCCGCGGAGACCAGCAACAAUGGCGGCUUCGCCCGUCAAGUUCCUCUUCGGUUUCUUGAUCCUCUGCAUCACAUUGUGGUUGCUCUUCAUAUUUGCUUCAAGGUUUAUAGCUUGGAUUUUAAGCCGCGUAUUAGGAGCAUCUGUCAAAUUUCGGGUCGCUGGAUGGGUAUUUGUUAGGGAUGUCGUGGUGAAGUUUAAAAAGGGCCCUGUUGAAUCUAUUUCCAUUGGGGAAAUUAAACCCAGCAUACGUCGGUCCUUGGUUAAACUAGGGGUUGGUUUUAUUUCUAAAGAUCCCAAGUUGCAAGUGGUAAUAUCUGACUUGGAAGUUGUAAUGAGGUCUUCAAAUAAGAGUACGCCAAAGCCAAAGGCAAAGGCCAAGUCUGGAUCUCGAAAAUCCCGCAAUUCAGGCCGUGGAAAGUGGAUGGUAGGGGCCAAUAUCGCACGAUAUUUAUCUGUUUCCAUCACAGACUUGGUUUUGAAGACACCAAAAAUUUCCAUCGAAGUAAAGGAAUUGAAAGUGGACAUAUCUAAAGAUGGUACAUCCAAGCAAAAUCUUAUUGUCAAGCUACAGAUAUUACCUAUUGUUGUUCAAAGGAAUGAACCACGGGCCAGUUGUGACCAGUCAUCCAGUUUUUGCUCCGGAGAAUCCCUUUCUGUAGGACAGUCAUCAUCUGCUUUGGUGGACAGGUCAUCUACUCUUUUUGUCUGUGAAGAAUUUUCGCUCUCGUGUGAAUUUGGUCAUGAUAGGGAAGUUGGUGUAAUCUUCAAGAAUGUGGAUAUUUCUAGUGGAGAGGUCAAUGUGAACCUGAACGAGGAGCUACUUUCAAAAAGCAAAAGCUCAUCAAACACUUCAUCUGACCCUGAUAAAGCUAUAGAAUCCUCCACCGAUUCUAUUGCUUCCAAGAAGGCACAAAAAAAGCAACAAAUGAGUGAUGCAAUCUCAAAAUGCACCACUUUAUUUCCCGAAAAGGUUUCCUUCAAUUUGCCAAAACUGGAUGUGAGAUUUGAGCAUCGGGAACAUGAUUUUGCUCUUGAGAAUAACAUCAUGGGCAUCCAAUUGAAAAGCAUCAAAUCACAAUCAAGUGAAGAUGUGGGAGAAAGCACGCGCCUUGAUGUUCAAUUAGAAUUCAGCGAGAUUCAUCUGCUUAGAGAAGCUGGCACUUCCGUUUUGGAGAUACUGAAACUUGAUGUUAUCUCAUUUUUGUACAUUCCAAUACAGCCAAGCUCUCCUAUUACAGCUGAAAUUGAUGUAAAGCUGGGUGGUACUCAAUGCAACCUUAUAAUGAACAGAUUAAAGCCAUUGUUGCGCCUCCACUUCUCGAAAAAGAAAAGAAUGGUACUUCGGGAGGAAAAGCCAACUCUUGACAAGACAUCUCCAACAACGGAUACCAAUAUUAUCAUGUGGACGUGUACCUUUUCAGCCCCUGAGAUGACAAUUGUGCUUCAUAGCCUCAGUGGUUUGCCACUCUAUCAUGUCUGCUCACAAUCAUCACAUGUAUUUGCAAAUAACAUAUCAAAUACUGGAACUACUGUACAUAUGGAGCUCGGUGAACUUAAUUUGCAUAUGGCAGAUGAAUACCAACAAUGCUUGAAAGAAAACCUUUUUGGUGUGGAAUCAAAUUCAGGUUCCAUAGUCAAUGUUGCAAAGGUUAGUCUAGAUUGGGGCAAAAAGGACAUGGAAUCAUCUGAAGAAGGUGCUUCUAAAAGUAAAUUAGUUUUAUCUGUUGAUGUGACUGGUAUGGCUGUUUAUUUUACUUUCAAGCGUGUUGAGUCGUUUAUAUCAACUGCCAUGUCAUUUCAAGCACUUUUUAAGAAUUUGUCGUCUUCUGAAAAAAGAACAUCACAAAGCCGAGGAGGGCGAUCAUCGAAAUCCUCAGGGAAAGGGACUCGGCUAUUGAAAUUAAAUCUUGAACGGUGUUCUUUGAAUUUCUGUGGUGAGGUGGGUUUAGAAAAAAUGGUUGUUCCAGAUCCUAAGCGUGUAAAUUAUGGGUCACAAGGUGGUCGAAUUGUUAUAAGUGAGUCGGCUGAUGGCACUCCACGGGUUGCAGAAGUAAUGUCCACAGUAUCUGAUGAUUGUAAGAACUUAAAGUACUCCAUUUCUCUUGACAUCUUCCACUUCAGCUUAUGUGUGAACAAGGAAAAACAAUCCACCCAGGUUGAACUUGAAAGAGCCAGAUCUAUGUAUCAGGACUACUUGGAGGAACAUAAGCCCGAACCAAAAUUGGUACUGUUUGAUAUGCAGAAUGCUAAAUUUGUACGACGUUCUGGUGGUCUUAAAGAGAUUGCUGUCUGCUCUCUUUUCAGUGCUACUGAUAUUACGAUUAGAUGGGAGCCUGAUGUACAUUUAUCACUAAUUGAACUUGGACUUCGAUUGAAGUUACUGGUGCACAAUCAGAAGCUUCAGGUACAUGUUAAAGAACAUAUGGAAAAUGUAUCUAGCAUGAGCAACUCUGAACAGAAGAAAGAAGCCAUUACAGAACCAGUAAAUUUAGACAAGCAAAAGAAAAGGGAAUCUAUCUUUGCUGUUGAUGUGGAAAUGCUGAAUGUUUAUGCUGAGGUUGGAGAUGGAGUUGAUGCAGUAGUCCAGGUACAGUCAAUAUUUUCUGAGAAUGCUCGCAUAGGAGUACUUCUGGAAGGAUUUCUGCUUUGUUUCAAUGGGUGCAGAAUACUCAAAAGUAGCCGGAUGCAAAUUUCACGUAUUCCUAGUGCAUCUUGUGCCCCUGAUGCGAAAAUACCUCCAUCUACGACAUGGGAUUGGGUAAUUCAAGGCCUUGAUGUUCAUAUUUGCUUACCAUACAGGUUAGAAUUGCGUGCCAUUGAUGAUUCUGUUGAAGAGAUGCUGCGUGCUCUAAAGCUUGUAGCUGCUGCUAAAACUAGUCUUAUCUUUCCGGUGAAGAAAGAUCUUUCAAAAGCUAAGAAGCCCAGUUCAGUAAAAUUUGGGUGUUUAAAGUUUUUAAUACGGAGGUUAACUUUUGAUAUUGAAGAAGAACCACUGCAAGGCUGGCUUGAUGAACACUAUCACUUAAUGAAGAAUGAGGCAUCUGAGUUAGCUGUUAGGUUGAAGUUGCUUGAUGAAUUUAUUUCCAAAGUCAGCCAGUCUCCCAAACCCACUGAAACAAAUGAUUCUACUCGAGAAAGAAAGACUUUCUUUAAUGGAGUUGAGAUUGACGUACAAGAUCCUUCAGCAGUUAGUAAGAUGCAAGAAGAAAUUUAUAAACAAUCAUUCAGAUCUUAUUACAAGGCAUGUCAGAAUCUAGCACGAUCAGAGGGUUCAGGUGCCUGUAGGGAAGGGCUUCAGGCUGGUUUUAAGCCUAGUACAUCCAGAACUUCUCUUCUUUCUAUAUCAGCAACAGAUUUAGAUGUAAGCUUGACAUUGAUUGAUGGUGGUGAUGAUGGGAUGAUAGACGUUAUAAAGAUGCUGGAUCCUGUCUGUCGUGAAAAUAAUAUACCAUUUUCUAAACUUUAUGGGGGUAAUAUUCUUCUGCACACAGGCUCACUUGUGGUUCAGCUACGUGACUUUACAUUUCCUCUCUUGUCCGGAACUUCUGGUAAAUGUGAAGGUCGCCUUGUGCUAGGACAGCAGGCAACAAGUUUUCAGCCUCAAGUACACAAAGAUGUCUACAUUGGGAAAUGGAGAAAGGUGCACUUGCUUCGUUCUGCUACUGGUACAACUCCACCUAUGAAAACAUUCACAGAUUUGUCCCUACGUUUUCAGAAAGCCGAGGUGUCCUUUGGAGUGGGAUAUGAACCACCUUUCGCUGAUGUGAGUUAUGCGUUUACUGUGGCUCUUCGCAGGGCUAAUCUAUGCAUUAGGGACCCUAAUCCACAACCCUUGCCACCAAAGAAGGAAAAGAGCUUGCCAUGGUGGGAUGAUAUGAGAAACUACAUUCAUGGAAACAUCAAGAUUCUCUUUUCUGAAACCAUAUGGAAUAUUCUUGCGACUACUGAUCCGUAUGAAAAGCUUGACAAACUUCAAGUGACAGCUAGUCCUAUGGAGAUCCAGCAGUCAGAUGGUCGUAUUCAUGUUUCUGCGAAUGAUUUUAAGGUUUUCUCAAGCAGUUUGGACACUCUGGCAAAUAAUCGUGGUUUAAAACUUCCUAAAGGUAUAUCUGGUCCUGUAAUAGAAGCUCCAGCAUUAACUGUUGAAGUUACAAUGGAUUGGGAAUGUGAGUCUGGAAAUCCUAUGGAUCAUUAUUUAUUUGGACUUCCUAUUGAAGGGAAACCUCGUGAAAAGGUGUUUGAUCCAUUCAGAUCCACCUCUCUGUCCCUUCGCUGGAAUAUCUUGCUUAGACCCUCCCCCUUACGCGAGAAACAAGCUCCACAUUCUAAUGCGGUAGAUGGUGUAGAUGUAGAUGGAACUGUUUACGGUCCUCCUCAUAAGGAUGAGAAUGUUUCCACUCUUCCACCAACAGUGAAUGUUGGCGCUCAUGAUCUAGCAUGGAUUCUGAAGUUUUAUAACAUGAAUUAUCUUCCUCCUCACAAAUUGCGGGCCUUUGCUCGUUUUCCUCGUUUUGGAGUUCCAAGAAUCCCUAGAUCCGGUAACUUGUCCUUGGACAGAGUGAUGACAGAAUUUAUGCUCCGCGUUGAUGCUUCACCUACUUGUAUAAAGCAUGUACCUUUAGAUGAUGACGAUCCAGCUAAAGGACUGACAUUCAGUAUGACAAAGUUGAAAUUGGAAAUGUGUUCGAGCCGGGGUAAGCAAAAGUAUACUUUUGAUUGCAAGCGUGCACCUCUUGAUCUUGUUUACCAGGGCCUUGACCUUCAUAUGCCCAAGGCAUUUUUAAACAGAGAAGAAAGCACUAGUGUUGCAAAAGUAGUUCAAAUGACGAUAAAAAACUCACAACCUGCAUCAGUAGAUAGAGUUCCAACUGAAAAGAGUAGCAACAUGAGUAGUGGCACAGAGAAGCAUCGUGAUGAUGGAUUUCUAUUGUCAUCAGAGUAUUUCACGAUCAGAAGGCAGGCCCCGAAGGCUGAUCCUGUUAGUUUAUUAGCCUGGCAAGAGGCUGGAAGAAAAAAUCUUGAGAUGACUUAUGUGAGGUCUGAAUUUGAAAAUGGAAGUGAGAGUGACGAGCAUACCCGAUCUGAUCCAAGUGACGAUGAUGGAUACAAUGUGGUAAUAGCUGACAAUUGCCAACGUAUAUUUGUCUAUGGACUCAAACUUCUGUGGAAUAUUGAGAAUAGAGAUGCUGUUUGGUCCUUUGUUGGUGGUCUAUCCAAAGCAUUUCAAGCCCCCAAACCUUCUCCCUCUAGGCAGUAUGCACAAAAGAAAUUACUUGAGGAGCAGCAGUCACAUAGUGGAAGUGAAAUGCAGCAAGAUGGUAGCUCUAAGCCCACCACUACCAGCCAUGGUGCUGCUCCUGCAGAGGUAUCUGGUUCACUAUCAUCUCCGUCACCUUCCGUCAAAUCGGAGAUCUCGUCAUCUGCAGUUGACAACUCUUCAUCUGGUGUAGUAGAAAAGCAUAGAGAGACCAAAGAUGCAGAGGAGGACGGGACUCGUCAUUUCAUGGUGAAUGUUAUUGAGCCCCAAUUCAAUCUUCAUUCAGAAGAUGCCAAUGGAAGGUUUUUGCUUGCUGCUGUUAGUGGCCGUGUUUUGGCCCGGUCAUUUCACUCAGUUCUUCAUGUUGUCUCUGAGAUGAUUGGCUCUGAGAUGAUUGAGAAGCUUCAUACUGAUAAUUUAAAUAUACCAGAAUGUGAACCGGAAAUGACAUGGAAACGCAUGGAGUUUUCUGUAAUGUUAGAGCAUGUUCAAGCUCAUGUUGCUCCAACAGAUGUUGAUCCUGGAGCUGGAUUGCAGUGGCUUCCAAAAAUUCGCAGAAGCUCUCCAAAAGUAAAACGUACUGGUGCUUUACUUGAAAGGGUAUUUAUGCCCUGUGACAUGUACUUUCGCUACACGAGGCACAAAGGUGGAACUCCAGAGUUGAAGGUGAAGCCCUUAAAAGAGCUGACUUUCAAUUCCCAUAAUAUCACGGCAACAAUGACCUCUCGCCAAUUUCAAGUUAUGCUAGAUGUGUUGACAAAUCUUCUUUUUGCACGACUUCCCAAGCCUAGAAAAAGUAGUCUGUCACUGCCUGCUGAAGAUGAUGAAGAUGUGGAGGAGGAGUCAGACGAAGUGGUUCCUGAUGGUGUUGAAGAGGUGGAGCUUGCAAGAAUAGAACUUGAGAAAAAGGAACGGGAGCAGAGAUUGAUUCUUGGGGACAUAAGAAAGUUAUCCCUUCAGUGUGAUACCACUGGAGACCUAUAUCCAGAAAAGGAAGGGGACUUGUGGAUGAUAAGUUGUACAAGAUCUACUCUGGUGCAAGGACUAAAGAGAGAGCUGGUUAAUUCAAAAAAAUCUAGGAAAGCUGCAUAUGCUUCAUUAAGAAUGGCUCUACAUAAGGCUGCUCAGCUACGGCUAAUGGAAAAGGAGAAAAACAAAAGUCCAUCCUAUGCUAUGCGCAUUUCUUUGCAAAUUAACAAAGUGGUUUGGAGCAUGCUUGUUGAUGGUAAAUCUUUUGCCGAGGCUGAGAUCAAUGACAUGAUUUAUGACUUCGACCGAGAUUACAAGGAUGUUGGUGUUGCUCAGUUUACAACAAAAAAUUUUGUUGUUAGAAACUGCCUCCCAAAUGCCAAAUCAGAUAUGCUUUUAUCAGCAUGGAAUCCUCCACCUGAAUGGGGAAAAAAAGUUAUGCUUCGUGUGGAUGCAAAGCAGGGAGCUCCAAAGGAUGGAAGUUCUCCUCUGGAACUUUUUGAGGUAGAGAUUUAUCCUCUCAAGAUCCAUUUAACAGAAACAAUGUACAGAAUGAUGUGGGGAUAUUUAUUCCCAGAAGAAGAACAGGAUUCACAAAGACGGCAGGAAGUUUGGAAGAUCUCAACAACUACUGGUACAAAACGUGGAAAGAAAGCUUCUUUAGUCCCCGACAUGUCUGCAUUUAGCAGUCAAACAAUGAAGGAGUCUGAGGGGCCAUCCAAAUCAAGUGCCUUGGCCCCUAGUACCAGUCAAUCUCCUGUUCCUGCAGAUUCUGUGCAAGAAUCAAAAUUGCAAAGUAAAGCACUCAUUGCGAGUGGUCCAAAUCCUGAGUUAAGAAGAACAUCUUCCUUUGACAGAUCAUGGGAAGAGACUGUUGCAGAAUCAGUUGCUACUGAACUUGUCUUACAGAGCAUUAGUGGGCCUCUUGGGUCUAUUGAACAAGAUGAAUCCUCUAAGAAUAAAUUGAAAGAUCCAAAAGCUAUCAAAUCUGGCAGGUCAUCCCAUGAAGAAAAGAAGGUACAAAAGUCACAAGAAGAAAAAAAAUCUGCCAGGCCUCGAAAGAUGAUGGAGUUUCACAAUAUCAAGAUAAGCCAGGUUGAGCUAUGUGUUACCUAUGAAGGAUCUAGAUUUGUGGUAAAUGAUCUCAAGUUGCUGAUGGAUACAUUUCACCGUGUUGAGUUUACUGGUACUUGGCGGAGACUUUUUUCACGUGUUAAGAAGCACAUCAUUUGGGGAGUCCUGAAGUCUGUAACUGGAAUGCAGGGUAAGAAGUUUAAAGACAAGGCUAACAGUCAGAGAGAACCCAGUGGAUCUGGGGUUCCCGAUAGUGAGCUUAAUUUCAGCGACAAUGAAGGCCAGCCAGGACAAUCUGAUCAGCAUCCAAUAACCUUUCUCAAGCGCCCAACUGAUGGAGCAGGUGAUGGAUUUGUCACAUCCAUCAGAGGCCUUUUCAAUACUCAGCGUCGUAAGGCCAAGGCAUUCGUGCUGCGGACCAUGAGGGGUGAAGCUGAGAAUGAUUUCCAAGGAGAUUGGAGUGAAAGUGAUGCAGAGUUUUCUCCCUUUGCUAGGCAGCUCACUAUAACAAAAGCUAAGAGGCUUAUCAGGCGGCACACGAAGAAAUUCCGUUCAAGAAAAGGUUCGUCUUCACAACAGAGAGAAUCUCUUCCAACAUCACCGAGGGAGACCACUCCUUUAGAAAGUGAUUCUUCUGGUGGAUCCUCACCCUUUGAGGAUUUUAACGAGGGAUUUAGUGAGGGCAACAUGUUGGUUUCCAAAGAGGCUCCUUGAAGGCAGCUUUGAGACUUGGACAGGGCAUGUUUCCAUUCUCAGUUGUGGGGAGCAGAAAUGAGAAAGUUUGUUUGUAAACUCCCGUCACCACUGAAGAUGAAGGAAAAAUAUGUCAGCUGCCGUUAUUUAUCUUCCGAAAAGCAUGUGGAAGAUAAAUAACCCUGACUACCACUUGGAGAGCAUCCAUGGUGCAGCAGAAGAUGAUGACAUUGUGCAUUGUGGGUUGAAGCCGCUCCUCACUUUAAAGUUUGAAGUCUUCUGACAGAGGAGGAAGUAAAUUCCUUUCUCCUCACCCGGUUGUUUGUAUAGUUUCAUAGUUUUGGGCUGAAAGUACAGAGGCUCCUAAAAUUUACAUGAGCUAGGUGAUUUUCCAUAUAUUUGUGCAUAAUUUUAUCGGAAAAUACAAUAAAGCAGAAUCUCUCUUGUGCCUUUGGAGGUGUGAUUAAAACAAGCUGGGUAGACACACGAGGUAUGGACUCGAUCAAAAAUGGCCAAAUGGGUAUUUAACACAAAAUAGGUCCUUGUCAAACACAAUCUACUUCCACAGUGACUGUACAUUUUACAGCUGUAAAAUUUAUUAAAAAGUAGAUCAUUUGUAGAAUUGUGUCAUGUGUUUAAACGGGUAUUGAUCUAUUAUCUUUUUUAAUACCAUCCCAUCUUCUUGACAUUA